UGUUUCCGUUGCUCGGCGGAAGUGUGGGUCGGCAGAGGACGACUUGAAGAAGCCGCUCUCCGCUGUGUGGCGAUCGGAAUCAUGUCGAGUUUGGCGGUGAGAGACCCGGCAAUGGAUCGAUCACUGCGUUCCGUGUUCGUGGGGAACAUUCCGUAUGAGGCAACUGAAGAGCAGUUAAAGGACAUUUUCUCAGAGGUUGGUUCUGUUGUGAGUUUCCGGCUGGUAUACGAUAGAGAGACGGGCAAACCUAAGGGUUAUGGCUUCUGCGAGUACCAAGACCAGGAGACCGCGCUUAGUGCCAUGCGGAACCUUAAUGGGCGGGAGUUCAGCGGGAGAGCGCUUCGCGUGGACAAUGCAGCCAGUGAAAAGAACAAGGAGGAGCUAAAGAGCCUAGGGCCUGCAGCGCCUAUCAUUGACUCACCCUACGGGGACCCCAUCGAUCCAGAAGAUGCUCCUGAGUCGAUUACCAGAGCAGUCGCUAGUCUUCCCCCGGAGCAGAUGUUUGAGCUGAUGAAGCAGAUGAAGCUCUGUGUCCAAAACAGCCACCAGGAAGCUCGAAAUAUGUUACUUCAAAACCCACAGCUGGCUUAUGCGCUGUUGCAGGCACAAGUAGUGAUGAGAAUCAUGGAUCCAGAGAUUGCUCUGAAAAUUCUGCAUCGCAAAAUUCAUGUCACACCACUCAUCCCAGGGAAAUCUCAAUCCGUUUCUGGCCCUGGCCCUGGCCCUGGCCCCGGCCCUGGGCUCUGUCCUGGACCUAACGUUCUGCUGAACCAGCAGAACCCCCCGGCCCCUCAGCCUCAACAUUUGGCCAGAAGACCUGUGAAAGACAUCCCUCCUCUGAUGCAGACCCCUAUCCAGGGUGGAAUGCCACCCCAAGGCCCGAUGCCAGCCGCAGUUCCUGGCCCUGGCCCCUUAACUCCUGGCGGAGCAAUGCAGCCCCAAGUUGGAAUGCCAGGAGUUGGCCCUGUGCCCUUAGAGCGGGGGCAGGUGCAGAUAUCUGAUCCCAGAGCUCCUAUGCCUCGUGGACCCAUGACUGCUGGUGGCCUGCCUCCUCGAGGACUGUUAGGGGAUGCUCCAAAUGACCCACGUGGAGGGACUUUGCUUUCAGUCACUGGAGAGGUGGAGCCCAGAGGCUAUCUUGGCCCACCACAUCAGGGUCCUCCAAUGCACCAUGCUGCUGGUCAUGACAGCCGGGGCCCUUCCUCACAUGAGAUGAGGGGAGGGCCGUUAGCAGAUCCUAGAAUGCUCAUGAGUGAGCCCAGAGGACCUAUGAUAGAUCAAAGGGGCCUACCUAUGGAUGGCAGAGGCAGCAGAGACUCUCGAGGGAUGGAGACUCGAGCCAUGGAAACAGAGGUCUUAGAGACACGAGUGAUGGAGAGAAGAGGAAUGGAGACCUGUGCAAUGGAAGCCAGAGGAAUGGAAGCGAGAGGCAUGGAUGCAAGAGGAAUGGAGAUGAGGGGCCCUGGCCCCAGUUCGAGAGGCCCUAUGACUGGGGGAAUUCAGGGUCCAGGUCCUAUUAAUAUGGGGGCAGGUGGUCCUCAGGGACCCAGACAGGUUCCCAGCAUUUCAGGGGUGGGAAACCCUGGACCAGGCAUGCAGGGGGCAGGUAUGCAAGGAGGUGGCAUGCAGGGGGCGGGUAUACAAGGUGCUGGCAUGCAGGGGGCAGGCAUGCAAGGAGCUGGCAUGCAGGGGGCGGGCAUGCAAGGGGCAGGCAAGCAAGGUGGAGGCCAGCCUAGCAGUUUUAGUCCUGGGCAGAGCCAAGUAACCCCCCAGGAUCAAGAAAAGGCAGCUUUGAUCAUGCAGGUUCUUCAGCUGACUGCAGAUCAGAUUGCCAUGCUGCCUCCUGAGCAAAGGCAGAGUAUCUUGAUUUUAAAGGAACAAAUCCAGAAAUCUACUGGAACUUCUUGAAAGGUUUUAGAAAAUAUUUGGUGGUAGUCUCAUAAAGGUUUUCUGUAGCAUAGAGGAUGGGUAGGUGCAAAAAGCUGACUUCUGAAACCCCACACUUGAAUGAUUAGGGUUUGUUUCCUCCCAGAACCUAAUUUCAUUUCUUGUUGUCUUUUCUUUUAAAUUGUGGGGUAGGGGGAGGAGGGGGUGGGUCUGUUUAAUUCCCUGUAAAUAUACAAAAAUAACUGAACAUGAUUAUAUACCAAAUAAGAUUACAAAGGUUAUGCAGUAUUAUUAAAUGUGUCUACAAGGUGUUAAGUCCAUUUUAAAAAUACUGAGUAAAACAAUGUGAAAACUGCAUAAAGACUAAAAGAUGACCUGUUCAAAUGGUAAUGUACUGAGAUAGUUUGACAUGUUUGGUUGUGUAAGAAAAUAAAGAUGUUUACCUCAGAAUUACAA